GUGGGCUGCUCACGAUAGGACACAUAAACGCUUAAUGGCGAAUGAAGAGCAGACAGCCCGGGAGCUGCUUCCAGCCCUGACUCAGCAGAACUCACCCUCUUCCGCGUCCUUUUCUUCUGUAAACCCGGAGUGAGAGUGGGAUCAGACCAGAUCAGUGACUCAAGCUUUUGGGGUCAUGGGGCCCUAAAACCCGAGGAAAGGAUGGCAGAGGAGGUGAUCACCCCCGUGUACUGCACCGGAGUGUCUGCUCAAGUGCAGAAGCAGCGGGCCAAGGAGCUGGGCCUGGGCCGCCACGAAAACGCCAUCAAGUACCUGGGCCAGGAUUAUGAUCAGUUGCGUGCUCAGUGCCUGCAGAGUGGGGCCCUAUUCCGCGAUGAGGCCUUCCCCCCAAUAACCCAGAGCCUGGGCUUCAAGGAGCUGGGCCCCAACUCCUCUAAAACCUAUGGCAUCAAAUGGAAACGUCCUACGGAGCUGCUCUCAAACCCCCAGUUCAUUGUGGAUGGAGCCACCCGCACAGACAUCUGCCAGGGAGCACUGGGGGACUGUUGGCUCCUGGCCGCCAUCGCCUCCCUCACCCUCAACGAUACCCUCUUGCACCGAGUGGUUCCUCACGGUCAGAGCUUCCAGGAUGGUUACGCUGGCAUCUUCCAUUUCCAGCUGUGGCAGUUUGGGGAGUGGGUGGACGUGGUCGUGGACGACUUGCUGCCCACCAAGGACGGGAAGCUGGUGUUCGUGCACUCCGCCCAGGGCAACGAGUUCUGGAGCGCCCUGCUGGAGAAGGCCUACGCCAAGGUGAAUGGAAGCUACGAGGCCCUGUCGGGGGGCAGCACCUCGGAGGGCUUUGAGGACUUCACAGGCGGGGUCACCGAGUGGUAUGAGCUGCGCAAGGCGCCCAGCGACCUCUACCAAAUCAUCCUCAAGGCCCUGGAGCGAGGCUCCCUGCUGGGCUGCUCCAUCGAUAUCUCCAGUGUGCUGGACAUGGAGGCCGUCACCUUCAAGAAGCUGGUGAAGGGCCAUGCCUACUCCUUGACUGGGGCCAAGCAGGUGAACUACCAGGGCCAGAUGGUGAGCCUGAUCCGGAUGCGGAACCCCUGGGGUGAAGUGGAGUGGACGGGAGCCUGGAGUGAUGGCUCCAUGGAGUGGAACAAGGUGGACCCUUAUGAACGGGAGCAGCUCCGGAUCAAGAUGGAGGACGGAGAGUUCUGGAUGUCGUUCCGAGACUUCAUGCGCGAGUUCACGCGGCUGGAGAUCUGCAACCUGACCCCCGACGCGCUCAAGAGCCGCAGCGUCCGCAGCUGGAACACCACGCUGUACGAGGGCACCUGGCGGCGGGGCAGCACCGCGGGGGGCUGCCGGAACUACCCAGCCACCUUCUGGGUGAACCCGCAGUUCAAGAUCCGGCUGGAGGAGGUGGAUGAUGAGAGCGAUGACUAUGGGGGCCGCGAGUCCGGCUGCAGCUUCGUGCUCGCCCUUAUGCAGAAGCACCGCCGGCGCGAGCGCCGUUUCGGCCGCGACAUGGAGACCAUCGGCUUCGCGGUCUAUGAGGUCCCUCCAGAGCUGGUGGGCCGACCGGCCGUGCACCUCAAGCGUGACUUCUUCCUGGCCAACUCGUCGCGGGCGCGCUCCGAGCAGUUCAUCAACCUGCGGGAGGUCAGCACCCGCUUCCGCCUGCCCCCCGGGGAGUACGUGGUGGUCCCCUCCACCUUCGAGCCCAACAAGGAGGGCGACUUCGUGCUGCGCUUCUUCUCGGAGAAGAAGGCCGGGACCCAGGAGCUGGAUGACCAGAUCCAGGCCAACCUGCCAGAUGAGCGCGUGCUCUCAGAGGAGGAGAUUGAUGACAACUUCAAGACCCUCUUCAGACAACUGGCAGGGGAGGACCUGGAGAUCAGCGUCAAGGAGCUGCAAACCAUCCUGAACAGGAUCAUCAGCAAACACAAGGACCUGCGCACCAGCGGCUUCAGCACGGAGUCCUGCCGCAGCAUGGUCAACCUCAUGGACCGCGAUGGCAACGGGAAGCUGGGCCUGGUGGAGUUCAACAUCCUGUGGAACCGCAUCCGCAAUUACCUGGCCAUCUUCAGGCAGUUUGACCUGGACAAGUCGGGCAGCAUGAGUGCCUACGAGAUGCGGAUGGCCAUCGAGGCCGCAGGCUUCAAGCUCAACAAGAAGCUGUAUGAGCUCAUCAUCACACGCUAUUCGGAGCCUGACCUGGCCGUGGACUUUGACAACUUCGUGUGCUGCCUUGUGCGGCUGGAGACCAUGUUCCGGUUUUUCAAAGCUCUGGACACAGAUCUGGAUGGAGUGGUGACCUUUGACUUGUUUAAGUGGUUACAGCUGACCAUGUUUGCAUGAGGGAGCUCGGUCCCCCCGGCUGUCUCCUGGCCCUCUCCUCGUCUGCCACGCCAUGCCUUUGCCCAGCCACAGCAGGCCACGCCAGCUGCAAGUGCCUUCCUCCGAGUGGGAGGCAGCCUCGUCCUCCUGUCCCCUCCCCUCCCUGCUGCCACAGUCAUCAGCUCUGGACAGAGAUGGACUCAGAGGGACUAAGUCCAUGGGCUCAGAUGGACUCCCUGGCCCAGCCAUUACCAUGCUGGGGAGGCAGCUUUUGCCUGUUCUUGCCUCAGGAUGGGGCUCCCGAUAGAGCUGAGAGCCCCGGGCACUGGCAUCUCGAUGUGUCACCUGUCCUCACUCCAGCGGCCACUCUCCUGGCCUCACCUGCUGACUGUCAACCAUAACCACUAGCUCUGCAGCGUCUACCACCUGGAUGUGCCGAGCCCCCUCUCCUAUGCCCUCCCAGGUUCCAAACGCCUGCCCCUUCUCUUGCGGAAGCCAGUGCCCGUCUGCCCACGGCCUGCCUCCCCAUCUUGCCCGGCUGCCGACCAAGAAGCAGGGCCAGGGCCAGGCCUUCCCUCUUGUCCACUUCCUUCCUUUUUUAUAUUGGUGAUAUUAAAAGGGACUCUUCAGGGACUGGUGCACCAGUUAUGGGGGUGCAAGAAGCACCUGGUUGUGGCAUUCAGAGAAACCCCAAAUAAUAAAGGGAAAGACCACACUUCUGUUUCUGGUGUGUG